AUUCACUAAUGACAGCUCCAAGUGGAAAGCUUUGACAAUUUUAUGACAUUUUGCUAAUCAAAAAACGCUAAAAAUGUCGGAUGAUUCUGAAUCAGAUGAUGGUACAAUCAAAGGACCAAAAGAAUUCAUCGUUGAAGAACUUUCCGAUAGUGAAGAUUCAUCAGUAGCUGAAACAUCAUCCGAAGAUGAGCAAAGAGAACGCCCAAAACCUGAAAUACCUCCAGAAUAUUGGCACAUUCAAAAACUGGUUAAAUACAUGAAAUCUGGAAAUCAAACUGCGACUGUUAUUUCGUUAUGUUGUUUGAAGGAUCAUGAUCUCACCACGGAAAUUAAUCAAAUGGCCAUCCAGGAUAUUGGAGGUUUAGAAGUCCUGAUCAACCUCCUCGAAACCAAAGACUUGAAAUGCAAACUCGGUUCUUUGAGCGUUUUGAGCGAACUCUCGCAAAACGAGCAAAUCCGUCGCUGUAUCACCGACCUAGGCGGAAUCUCCCUCCUAGUCCAAAACCUUGCUGAUCCAGCUCGUGAUUUACAAAUUCUCGUAGCUGAGACCAUCUACAAUGUGGCCCAAAUACGCAAAGCCCGAAAACAUGUACGAAAAUUUGACGGUAUCCCUAAACUAGUCGAUCUUUUGGACGUUAACGAAAACUGUCUCAAAACACCAAAAGAACAACUCACUCCAGACGAACUCGAAAAUGUUAACAUUGCUAAAGCGGCAGCUAAAGCCUUAUGGUCAGUGUCACGGAGUAGGAAGAACAUUCAAGUGAUGAUGAGAAGUGGUUCAGUGCCACUUUUGGCAAAACUACUCAGGUCGGUUCAUAUGGAUGUGAUUGUUCCAACUGUUGGGACUAUUUCACAGUGUGCGAAUGAACCAUCGUAUCAGUUGGCUAUUCAGACUGAAGGGAUGAUUAAAGAUAUUGUGCAGCAUUUGUCAGCAGAGGACCCCUCUUUGAGACGCCACUGCGCCGAAACAAUUUUCAAAUGUGCAGAAGAUGCAACAACUCGUAAUUUGGUGCGACAAGCUGGAGGAUUGGACCCUUUGGUCAAUAUGGCACGAGAUCCAGCGACCAAAGAAGACAAAUUGCUCCUUGCUGCGGUCACUGGAGCCAUAUGGAAAACUGCAAUAAGUCCCGAAAAUGUUGAACGAUACGAUCAACUUAAAACCGUUGAAGUGUUGGUAAAACUAUUGGAAAAUGCCGAUGAGGACGAAAUGGUUUUGAAAAAUGUGGUUGGCGCCCUUUGUGAGUGUCUCAAAUUUAAACACAACCGUGAUGUUUUGAGACGUGUUAAUGGCAUUCCGUAUCUUGUUAAUUUGCUCAAUUAUACGUUUCCUCCACUUUUGGAAAAUGUUCCAAUGGUUUUGAGAGAAUGUGCGGAAGAUGAAAGUUCGAUGAGGAUUAUCGAAGAAUUGGAUGGGGUUAGACUGAUUUGGUCACUUUUGAAAAACGAGUCUCCUAAGGUCCAAGCAAACGCUGCCUGGUCCCUUGUCCCUUGUAUACGCUACGCUACUGAUUCAGGCGAAAUGGUUCGUUGUUUCGUCGGCGGACUCGAACUAAUCGUAAACUUGUUAAAAUCAAGCGAUGCUCACGUUUUGGCUUGUGUUUGUGCUGCAAUCGCUGAAAUAGCCAAAGAUAUCGAAAAUUUAGCUGUGAUAACUGAUCAUGGUGUUGUCCCAAUGUUGGUAAACCUGGUCCACACACAAAAUGUUGAAUUGAGGGAACAUUUAGCUUCAGCUAUUGCCUAUUGUUGUGCAUGGGGAUCCAAUUGUAAAACGUUCGGUCGUUUGGGUGCCAUCACUCCUCUGGUGGCCUACAUGGCCGAUUCGAACGCAAAAGUGCACCGAACUACAGCUUUGGCACUCUUUCACCUGUCGAAAAAUGCCUUCAAUUGCAUCACAAUGCACGAAAGUGGAGUUGUUCCCUUUCUACUCAAAGCCAUAUCUACCACAGACUGGGACUUGCAAGAGGCAGCAGCCGGCUGUUUGGCCAAUAUCAGGAAAUUGGCACUCGAAGCAGAAACUUGUCAUUUAAUCAGAAAUAAAGAUGAGUCGAGUGCAGAAGACGACUAAGUGAAGGACAAAGAAUGGCCUUGUUUUGGUCAAAGUACCAACUUUGACGUAUUAUAAUUAAAAUUUACAUUUUUAUUAUUAAAAUAAAUUUUUACCUUCA